AUGCUUUCUGACUCCUCCAAAAGUAGUCUUCUCGGUCCUUUCAAGAAACAGUUUCGUUCCUUGAUGGGAAAGUGCAGCAAGUUGCGGUCGAAGCAGAACCAGUCAGCCCAGAUUGCUGAGUAUAUCCGUGCGCAAUGUGGUGUGUAUCUGAAGGUACCGAAUAAGACCAGGUGGAAUUCCACCUUUGAUGUGUUGAAGCAACUACAUGAGCUCCUGUCAACUGUGCCACUAAAAAUGCAUGCCAUAAUGGACCGCUGCUCCUUGUCCAGGAUCACAGCUGCUGAGAUUGAAGUGGUACAGGAAUACACAGAGAUUAUGGAGCCACUAGCCCAGUCCCUAGAUAUCCUGCAAUGGGAGAACGGCAUGUUCAUGGGGUAUUUGCUACCAACGCUCUGCAAUCUGGACCGCAAAUUAGAAGGACUGGAAAACAAACCUGAGAGGUACACAUACUGUUUUCAGCUGCUGAGAGGUGUGCGCGAAGCCCUAAGAAAGCGGUUUGCAGCUAUCUGGGAGGACAAGAGGCUUCUUCUGGCAGCCUGCCUACACCCUCGCUUCAAACUAGGUUGGCUGGAAUCAUGUCAGGCCACCACCCAUACCAACAAAUACACAAUGGAAGCCUUGUUGAAAGCUGAAAUAAAGAUGGGUGUACUUAAUGAGGACAGUGAUCAGUCUUCAGAUAAAGACCAGGAAGGAGAUGACCUAGAAGAUGACUUCUUUAACUUUCUGCCCCAGGGCAAGAAGUCAGCAGUGGACACUGCUGAGGAGGAACUGGUGAGGUAGCUGAGGUCUCCCAGCAGGGAAGUGUCAUCACUCCAUGGCUUUCCACGUGUGCUGUGGUGUUUUUUGCAGCACAACACAGGCAUGCCUUCAAGCGCCGCAGUAGAACGCCUGUUCAGUACUGGUGGCAACGUAAUGACUGUAAAAAGACAUUCCUUGUCUGACAUGCUCUUUGAACAUCUUGUUCUUUUGAGACAUAACAGAAACAUAUUAUAAAAGCAUUUCAAGUGUAAAAAUUGAUUUCAAGAGUUGGGGUGUCUUCAUUGCUUGGGGGGAUGUGAGAUUCUGUUAUGCCAUUAUGUUAAUCUUAUGGAUAAUAUUUUUUAUUCUACUACCCCCUGUGUGUGUGUGUUUAUUUUUAAUAUUGUUUUAGGCUUCUUAGAUGUGCAGCAGCCAAGGCCAGCACCUUGUAGGAGUUUUUUUAAAAAAGUAACUGAAAUGUAAUUGUAGUGAUUACUUUUGAGAAAAAGUAAAGUAAUCAGUUACUUUCAGAGCAAUUGCAAU